AUGAACUCGAACAAUCCACCGAACCGUCUCCACUUGAACUUCGGCUUCAACAAUAACAACAACGAGCGAAACUUUGCAGCAGAACAAGGCAGAGCCUACCCCACCACGCCCUCCACCUUUCCUCAGCCAGUCUUCCCGAACCAGGCCGGCCAUCAAGAGGUUUGGGGCACGCAGCAGACCAACAAUGGCUACGGCGCGGGAUACUUUAUGCCCAACCAGUACCAACCCAAGUACCAGCAACAGGCCAAUAUUGCCGCGCCCAACGCCGCGUACCGUGCAACCGGCUACAACGAUGGCCUGAAUGGCCUUAACAACCAGUUCUCACACCAGAAUUUGGGCGGCAACGCGCGCUCCGCGAGCCCGUACGGACGACAGCCGUCUCCGGGCCAGCGGCCUAGGACAGGCGGCGCUACCGGUCAGCAACAAUAUGGCAACUAUCUCAGUGCGCCAUCGUCGACGCCUGAUCAGCACGCUCCGUCACUCAAUGACGAGGCUCCACCGCCAAAGAAUCCAGACAAGUAUGCGGAGAGUGUACAGAGGAAAGCCAAGGUGUCGAUCGGCACGGUCAGCACAUUCUUCAAGGACAACGUGCAGCGGGCGCGAGACCGGAACGCGAGGCAUCUUGAGCAGAUCAUGAAGGACCCUAAUAUCUCGGAUUCUCGCAAGGAGCAGAAACGCAACAACAUGCGCCGAGCAGAGGCACAGUAUCUCCGCUUCUUGCGGACGAAAGAGAAGCCUGAGAACUUUGCAACCCUGAAGAUUAUUGGAAAGGGCGCGUUCGGUGAGGUAAAACUAGUCCAGAGAAAGAACGAUGGCAAGAUCUACGCUCUAAAGUCACUCGUCAAGUCCGAGAUGUUCAAGAAAGACCAGCUAGCACACGUCCGUUCAGAACGUGACAUCCUAGCUGAGUCAGACAGCCCAUGGGUGGUAAAGUUGCAUACAACUUUCCAGGAUAACACCUUCCUGUACAUGUUGAUGGAGUUCUUACCGGGCGGUGACCUUAUGACUAUGCUCAUCAAGUAUGAGAUUUUUACGGAAGACAUUACUCGUUUCUACAUGGCAGAGAUUACCUUGGCUAUCGAAGCCGUUCACAAACUGGGGUUCAUACAUCGCGAUAUAAAACCUGACAACAUCCUCCUUGAUCGCGGUGGGCAUAUCAAGCUCACCGAUUUCGGUCUUUCAACUGGGUUCCACAAGGAGCAUGAGGCGUCAUACUACCAGCAACUUCUCUCUGGCGGCAAACACAAGUCCAACCGGGACAACCGCCAAUCGAUCAAUUUUGACCAGAUCCAGCUCACUGUCAGCAACCGCACUCAGAUCAACACCUGGCGCAAGUCACGAAGACAGCUGGCCUACUCCACCGUAGGUACACCGGACUACAUCGCGCCGGAGAUCUUCAGCGGUAAAGGCUACGACUACGGCUGUGACUGGUGGUCUGUCGGUACCAUCAUGUUCGAGUGCCUGAUCGGCUGGCCACCGUUCUGCGCCGAGGAACCGCAUGACACCUACCGUAAGAUUGUGGACUGGCCGCGUAACCUGCACUUCCCGCCUGACCAGCAACUUGGCCCGGAGGCCGAGGACUUCAUUCGGAGUCUAAUCUGCGACGCCGAAGAACGUCUCGGCCGCAUCGGGGGGGCUCACCAGAUCAAGCAGCAUCCCUUCUUCCGCGGUGUCGAGUGGGACAGCCUGCGAAGGAUACGGGCCCCCUUCGAGCCCAAGCUGCAGUCCAACGUCGACACGCAGUACUUCCCGAUCGACGAGAUUGACCAAAAUGACACCAGCGCCGCGCUCCGAGCGCAAACUGCCCAGGCGGGCGACGACCUUGCGGCCGAGAUGAGCUUGCCCUUCAUCGGCUAUACGUAUAAGAGGUUCGAUGCUUUCAGAGGGUCGUAG